AUGGAGGAAAUGCCUUUGAGCGAGUCAAGUCCUCGAGGGGCCGAGAGGUUCAGGAGGCCCUGGCUCCUAUGGCUAGUUGCUCUGUUGCUGAUGCUGCUCUGUUCCUUGGGUACAGUGAUCUAUACUUCACUCAAGCCAGCUGCCAUAGAGCCCUGCAUGGUUAAGUGUGAAUUAUUAUCCUCAAAAUGGCAAAUGACAUCUCCUGAACCUCAUUGUGUGAAUAUGACAUCUGAUAGGAUGCUGAAGAUACUUCAGAAUGGCAUGUAUUUAUUCUAUGGCGAAGUGGUUCCUGUCGCUAAAGAAUACAGAGAAGGCAAUGCCCCCUUUCUUGUACAAAUAGUUAAAAACAAAAAUGUCCUACAAAUUCUAACGAAUGAUUUUCAAAUCUUACAUAUAGGAGGGAUUUAUGAACUGCAUGCUGGAGACACCAUAGAGUUGAUGUUCAACCUUGAAGAACAUAUUCAGAAAAAUAAAACAUACUGGGGGAUCAUUUUAAUGCCAAAUCUCCCAUUCAUCUCCUAG